AUGGACGACUCGUACGACAACAACAACAAUAAGAACAAAAAUGUGGACGUUCGUUCGAUGGAGAUUGAAUUCGUUCGAGCGUUGAACGCGUUUGUGAACAACUUUCAUCUUCCUACUACUGCAACAACUGAAGUGGAGACAUGGAAAACGGGCGUGAAACCGCACGUGUACGCGGAAUCGCUCCGUCGACAGUUGAAUGCGCUGAGAGAAAAGACGGAGGAGUUGUACGCGUUCGAAGAAGAAGAAGAAGAAAAAGGAGAAGAAGGAGAAAAGAACUUUAACAACAGGACAAAUAAUAAUAAGAAGAAGUUAAAGAAGAAGAGGAGUACUUUACUCGCGGCAGUUUUCGUUGGCGCGCGCGAGGACGAAGACGAGGACGAUGAGGACGACGAACAUAACGACGAACACUAUCAAACCGACAAACGAAACCAUACGAAGAAAGAGCGCGACGAGCGAAAGUUUCGCGCUUACGAGGAGAAAAUAAACGAGAUUGAAAAGAAAGUGCCGGCGUACGAACAUCCCGCGUUCGUCUCGGCAACUGCUUCAGCCAUUCCGAGUUCAUCAUCAUCGUUAUCUUCUUCGUUUUCUUCUUCUUCCGCAACGGGCACGUUGGCGACGACGGCAGCGGCAAAAAAUGCAGCAGACAAUGUCGACGUCCCAGUUGCAACAGUAACAACAACAACAACAACAACACAAAAGAAGAAACUCUACGCGCCGAAGAAGUUUACCAUAUCCAAAGAAGGCGAUGAAUUAUUACAAAAUGAAAAGAAAAUGCAAGAGAAUCUUACGGACGAAAUGGUCGACUUAGCCUCUCGAAUCAAAAGGAACGCCGAAGAAGUUUCCCGAGAGUUGAGCAGGAGCAACAAAUUAGUAGAUAGCAUGGAAACAAAACUCGACCAAAACGUCGUCGUGGCGAAAAACGCGACGCACAGACAGACCGCUGUUUUUCGUAAAAACAAAAAGUACGGGUGUUGGAGUUGCAUCGUUCUCACUCUCAUUUUCGUCCUCUUCAGCUGGGUUUAUAUCGUCAUUAAGUUUAGCGGCGAUAAGACCGUACAUUUAAUUAAGAAAAUGGAGGACAGAGUGCGCUACGACAACAGAGAGGACGACGACGUCGUCGUUAAAGUAGAACGGGACGAACAAGUCUCCGGGGAAGCAAAACAUAGUAGCAGUGGUAGUAGAGACGCGUUAGAAUUGUAG